AUGGGUAGAUACAGAAAAGGCACAGAUAGUUGUGCUGGAGAUGAAGUUAAAGGAAAUGAAGAUUUGUUUGGCAUCACUAGCAAAUGUAAAUUGGUAAAGUGUUUGGAAUUUUACUCCUUGAUAGAUGUAGAAAACAGACAGUUUUGGAGAUGGGAUGAGAAAAUUUGGUUGUCAGACCAGGCAAAAGCGGACCUAAGUUGGUUGUUGGAAAAUUUGGAAAGAUACAAUGGCCGCCCAGCCUGGAGACCUUCGUUGAUAAGGAGUUUAUUUGUAGAUGCUUCUACAACUGGUUGGUGCGUGAAAUUAGACAAUUUAACAGCAUUUGGAAACUGGGUAGAAAGUUCGAAUUUUCGAGAAAUUGCAAAAUUGGAAGCCGAAGCAGUACUAUUGGGGUUAAAAGGUUUUGCAGAGUUGUUAAGAGGUUUUUGGGUCCUAAUAUUUGUAGACAACUACAUCUGGGUUUACGAGAUAAAAUGGGUUCCUUCAGAGGAAAACCCAGCAGAUUCUUGGACAAGGACCUUCGAUUCAUCGGAUUGGUAUAUAAAAGAAGAAAUAUUUCAGGAAAUAUAUGUAACCUUUGGACCUCACUCGAUCGAUCAAAUGGCUUCUCACCUAAACACAAAAUUACAAAGUACAGAAGGUACUUUAUCAUGUGAAAAGUUGCAAGGCAAGAGCAACGCUAGUAGUUCCAGAAUGGCCAUCAGCCGAAUGGUGGCCCCUGCUUCUGAAGUUAAAUUGGAAGGCUUUGGCCUUGCCAGAACCAAAAGUAAUAUUUGCGCCGGACCCAUCAGGAUUUGUAGAACCAUGGAGAAAUCUAAGGUGAAAAUUCUUGGCGGUGCACAUUUGGCCGUAAGAAGCUUAUCGCAAAGAGCUAGGGAACUAGCUAAAGAUUCUGUGUCUCCUUUUUACAAGGCUAGAACUGAGAAAUAUUGGGCUCUCUAUAAUAAGUUUUGUAAAAGGUUUAGUAUAAAUGUUGCAAACCCGCAGGAGGAUAGUAUUUUGGCGUUUAUUAUGUGGUUAGAUAUAAUCGGGAUAUCAUCUCAAACCUCGCAAAUUCUUCAGACAGUUAUAAGUAAUUUGCACUUUGAAGGAAAGAAGGAUUUUAGAAAAUCAUUAGCAGUAACAAAGGUUUUGAGAGCAAUAAAGAAGGAAGUUUCAAGAAAUAAAACACCGUCUGAUUAUAUUCCCAGC